UGUGUUUAUAUUCCCUCCUUUAUCAGUUGUCAACUCGUGAUUCGUGAUCCAUCCAUUAUCACAAUAAGCUUUGUUUACACUUCUUUCUAUCUCCACCAUUAUUAAGUUUACCGUUGGAAAAUACCUCCAUACUUUUAUCAAUUUAUAGUGUUGUCUCUCUUGAUGAAUCUUUUUUAAAACUCAAAAGUGUGAUUUUAAAACAACAUUUACCUGCCUGAAGUCUCCAGGUGCUGAGUAACUGCUCUUCUCUGACCAUUGUUCAUCUCUUUGUUUGCUCAAAUAGUUCUUUUUGAGCUGUUUUCUGUUUUCUUGAAAUUUUACUGAAGUCCGACCACUUUCUCCUGCCCAUCUUUAUCAAUGUGCCAACGCUCCAACUCACUGUAGUGCCAACGAAAUUCUCCGACUCAAUUCAUCAUGGAUCGAUCAGUACCUCCCAUGAUAAAAGCUAUCGUCUCUAAGCCCAUAAGAAACUGCUUCUAUUUUUGUUGUGAUAUGGUCCUUCUUGGUGUAAUCAUGACACUGCAGGGUGCAUGCUUGAAUCUUUAUGUCAUGAACGAAUACCCAGACGAAACCCUUCCACAUUUCUUAUUCCUCGGAGAUUUCAUUUGCGUUGUGCUUGCCAUGGUCGGAAUGCGAGCAACAUACAUUUAUCUUCAGAAAUCCAAGGAAGAGGAGUCCAAUGGAACUCCACCAGAUCAAAGCGCUUUUAUUUAUUCACCAAAAAAAUUCCUGAAGAAAUUCCCAACGAGCAAAUUGGGUGUCCUGCCUCUGAGCUACAUGUCAUGGUUGGUGUACAUACUGUUUUUGCUGGUGAAGAUCAUCAUCAUCUACUGGUCUGGACUGUCUCUAAACUUGAAAACCACUGAUUUGCUGGGACCUCAAACGCUUAAGAUGACAAUAGCUUUCACGAGUAUCACCUUUAUGCUGUUUGUGGAGGCUCACAAUUGGGAUUUUGUUUCUGCUGAGAGACGUGCUUAUGUCACCACUGUCUGUGUCAAAACUGGCUUUGAAAUUUUUGAUUCGGUUGAUAUGCUAUCUUUAAUCACAGACCAGCAACAAGAAGAGACUACUAUGUUGCAGCGGAAAGAGAGAGCAUCCCAUCUGCCAGACAGCGUCCUCAUCCCGUACGAAAACCUAAUCUUUACUCUGGUCGCACUGAACUUCAUUUUGCCGUUCCUGUCCCUCUACAAACUGAGCUUACCCGAUAAGCAAAACCAGAGCAACUUGUCACUCAUGAUACCAGUUCAUGUGUUGUACCAUCUGCUCCACCUGUUUUUCGUUGAUCUGCCAUUCUUGUCAGUUCGAGUCUAUGCGUGGAUCAUGUUCCACACAGAGAUCUCUAUGUUCCUAAUGAAAAACUUGCUGCACAUAAUCAUAAGUAUCCGUAGCAUAUAUCCUGAGCUGAGGAAGAUGGCUACUCAAGACAAAUCGUCCCCGCCAGUGAAUGAGCAGCCGGCAAGAGGGAAUGAAUUUGAAGAUAUUGCGUUGAAUUGAGGACAUGAAUAGUUAAAAGGUUUGGUUUCUAACUUUUCUGUUGACUAGCCAAUUAUGAAUGGGAAGGAGUGUUUAGUUGUACCUAAUACGAAACGGAGCCGACAGAAUUUCAUAUUUUUGAGGGAAAAAUGAAGUGUAGCAUUUAAUUUUGCUCUAACUUUUUCCAGAUUAUGUAGCAAAAUGGCUUUAUUUUUUUCCCCAAAAUAUUCAGCCUUCACAUUUUUGUCCAACAGACAAAAAUAUUUGCUUGAACGAUUAUAAGAUUUUCUUAUUCUGUCAUAGCUUCAUCAUUUUUACCAAUAUUUUCAUUUGUUGCUCUGUCUCAUAAGUGAUACGAGAAGGUGCCACCAGCCACUUACUUUGAAAAACACUAGCGCAAGUUCUGUUACUUCUCAAUGUUCUAUUUUUUAUAAGUAAAAAAUUUCUGAUUAAUUUAAGUAAUGCAUUUACUUUUGUACUUAUGUUUUGUUAUAUGUAGAUAUUUUCUUAGUUUUUGCCAAUGUUUGCAAAGUUUUUUGUAUUUUAUCUAUUUUUCUCUGAACAAAGAAGCUACCGCUUUUUUCAAAAGCUCUCUCAUCAAGACUGAAAAUUGUCUGUAGUGGAUUGAAAUUUAGGUUUAAGCUAUAAUACUAGCCAUGACAGUUUUGUUUUGUAGCAUUUAUACUUAGUUUUUGGACCCCUCUUUUGCCGUACAGAGUUGAAAUGCCGUAACUCCUGCCUACCUUAUUCAAUUUUUUUCUAACAAAAUGUUGUUUACAAGGGCAUCAAAGAACAUGAACGUUUCUUAAUUCAGGAGGAACUGCAUUGGACCUUCCAAAACGUAAUAGAAAAUAGUGCAACAUGUAAGGGUCAUAUUUUCUUAUAAAAUAGCAUUUUUUUAAAAAGAUGUGUGUAUGUACAAUCUGUAGUGCAGUUUCGACCUUGCUCUCGCCGGUAGUCAAGAGGUUUUGUCCUAAUAUUGUCUUUCAUUUCUUUCGAAUUUGUACCUCUACUAUUUCCUUAAUUUUUUUACCUGCAGUUUACUUAAUUUUAAAAUUUGGGAAAUUUAAUAUAAUGUGUUCUAUUAAUUAUUGUAAUCUUUAGCAUGUAAGGUAAAAUGAGAGAGUAGUAUUUCCAAUGGCUUUUAUCUUAAUGUACCACGAGUUCAAAACGCCUACAUCUUUCUUUCAGAGGAAAGAAAUACAUCAGUUAGAACGAGUUUAGUUGCCCAGUUACCGAUUUGCUCUUUUUUAAAUUCCCUCUUCAUAAGAUUCCCCACCUUGGAAUCAGAGGAGGAAUGUGUCAUGUUUCCUUAGAAUCAGUAGACAUUUAUGCAAACAUUCUCUUUUGAUUUAUUUUAUAUGACAAAAACCCAUCAGCAACAGGGAUGUCCAUAUAAUGCAACUAAGCAAUUGAUCCGCAUUAAGCGAGGUGAAUUUCUUUUGAUUUUGUGUGGUAGCGCAAUCAAACGAUGAAAUAGCCACUUUUAAAAAGUAGGAAACAUUUUUGUCAUUUUGUGAAAGUCUAUCCUUUACAAACAAACUAAAAGAAGAACCAGAAGGAAACUGCUCUCUCAGGCUGACGCUUUUUUUUCUUUUACAUGUAUAUACUCUUUGAACUGACAAAAAUUAUUGAAGCCAAAUCAUCUCUGCAUUAGCUUAAGGAUUAAGUUGCUCCCAAAAAGCAAGAUCUGUUUGUAAGAUUUUUUUGUGUAUUUUCUACAGAAUCUUCUGCCUUACUAUUGUGAUAACACUAACGGAAGAUCUUAUAGUACAUCUAUACAAAUUAUACAAAUAAAACUUUUUUAAAUUUUAUAAAAAA